UCUGGCCGAGUCCUCUUACGGUGACGUGGCAUUCUCACGUGUUCGGAAGUCGACCUCAACACCCAAGCCGGGCUAAGGGAGGGAAGAGUACGUUGGCUGGGUUUUCAAACCACCAGCACCAGCAACACCCGCGGCUGGAAGAAGGGCGCUCCUUUUCCCCUUCUGCCUCCUUUUUCCUUCCAGACGAAACGGACGAUGCUAAAAGCCGUGAUCCUCAUCGGGGGCCCCCAGAAAGGGACCCGCUUCCGGCCCUUGUCCUUUGAGGUGCCCAAACCCUUGUUUCCUGUGGCAGGAGUGCCUAUGAUACAGCACCACAUUGAGGCAUGCACCAAGGUGCCCAACAUGAAGGAGAUUCUUCUGAUCGGUUUUUAUCAGCCCAAUGAGGCCCUCAGCCACUUCCUGGUUUCAGCUCAGCAAGAGUUCAAGAUUCCCAUCAGGUAUCUGCAAGAGUAUGCAGCACUUGGCACAGGAGGUGGCAUCUACCAUUUCCGAGAUCAGAUCCUCUCUGGCAACCCUGAGGCCUUCUUUGUGCUAAAUGCUGAUGUCUGUUCUGCAUUCCCUCUCGAUGAGAUGCUCAGCUUCCAUCGGCAGCUUGGCAGCCCCAACAGCUUCCUCAUGCUGGGCACCACGGCCAACCGGAAGCAGUCCCUCAACUACGGCUGCAUUGUGGCAAAUGCUGACACACACGAGGUCCUGCACUAUGUGGAGAAGCCCAGCACCUUUGUGAGUGAACUCAUCAACUGUGGCAUUUACUUGUUCACACCGGCCAUCUUCCGUCACAUUGGGGAGGUCUUCCAACGUAACCAGAAAGAGCUGCUUCUGGGCUCAUGUAUUGGAGAGGAGAGCACCAACGGCUGGCAGCGAGCAGAAGCCAUCAGACUGGAGCAGGAUGUGUUCACAGCCCUUGCUGGGCAGGGACGCCUCUUUGUCUAUAAAACAGAGGGCUUCUGGAGCCAGAUCAAAUCUGCUGGUUCAGCCAUCUAUGCCAAUCGCCUUUAUCUGAGCUGCUAUAGCCAGUGCCAUCCAGAGAGACUCGCCCAGAGCAGAACAGGUGGACCCACCAUUCGAGGGAAUGUCUACAUCCAUCCAACGGCCUUGGUGGAUGCCAGUGCUGUGCUUGGCCCUAAUGUCUCCAUCGGGAAAGGAGUGACGAUUGGGGCUGGAGUUCGUGUGCGGGAGUCCAUCAUUCUGCACGGGGCUUCCCUCCAGGACCACACGUGUGUGCUGAACAGCAUUGUGGGCUGGGACAGCACCAUUGGACGCUGGGCUCGUGUAGAAGGGACCCCGAGUGACCCGAACCCAAAUGACCCUUAUGCAAAGAUAGACAGCGAGACUCUGUUUCGGGAUGGUCGCCUCACUCCUUCCAUCACCAUUCUGGGUUGCAAUGUGACGAUUCCUGCUGAAGUCGUCAUCCUGAACUCCAUUGUCCUCCCUCACAAGGAACUCAGCCGUAGUUUCAAGAACCAGAUCAUUCUCUGAAGAGGGGAAGAGCAGGGUGUUGCCUCUGGUUGUCUCCAGCUAGGUUGUGGAAAAGACAUAGCCUGAAUCCAUAUUCAAGCUGCAUCGCAUCUCUUUGCCCAGUCAGACCAGGGCGUACUGCUCAAGCCUCACUAUGGAGUGUUACUGUAGAUUUCCCCCACAGCCUACUCACAAAAUGGGGACAGGAGCCUCUCUCUUAGACUGCAGGGGUAUGAGAUGUCUCACCCCCUCCUUCCUUCCAGAACUGCUGCAAAUCCUCUCCCCAAAAACAGAAGCCUGGUUUGGCCUGAUGCUGUCAUCCUACCUCACCUUGAACAAAGGACUAGGCAGAAAAAGGCUAUGGAGACGCCCAACAGGGGCUUUGGGGUGGGGUGGGGGACAUGUUGGUUAGUUCCCCUGCGUCUUAGGUGUAUUUAUCCAGCAUACUAGAUUCUCACCAGUCUCCAUAGUAGGAUACAGAGUGUAGAGGCAGUAGAGAUCCCAAACAGGUGGUAGCACCAUGUGGCAGAAAGACUGGUGAAUCCCAGAACAUGUUUCCUUUUCUGUUCUUCCUGCUCCGCUUCUUACUCUUACACUUGUCCCCUAUGGCACUUAAAAUGGGUCUCUGGGAAUCUGCUGUAUAGAUACAUUAUCUGAUGUACUUGCCAAGUGUUUUCCCCUCCCCCAGAUCAUGUUUAUUUGUGGUUUCAAGGAACUGGUUUCCGUUCUCUAGGAUAGUGGAGCAGGGAGAGAAAGGGACUGGCUUCUGGCCCGUAGCUUGUCCUCAGCUGCAAGGUGAAGCUUUGACUUCUAAGGUUGCAAAAUAACUGAGAGGAUAGGGGGAAAGAAUGCAACAACAGCUGGAUAUAGUACGUGUUCAGAAAAAUGGCUGUAUGUGUUUGCUUUUAUUUGAAUGGCUCUUUCCCCCCUGAAGAAUCUCUUCAAAGAGACUCCAGACCAUUGAAAACUUCCCCACUAUUGUUAACAUUCAGUAAUAUCUGUCCAUGAUUCAGCCAUCGGCUUCACCUUUCUGUAAAAGAACAGAGCUUAUUCUUUGAUAAAUAUGCUGAAAGCAGAUGAUCUGUGAUAAAGGUCUUAUCUGUCCCCCCCCCCCUCUAAAUGCUAAACCAGAAAGGCAUCCUCAAAAUGUCUGAGGAAAAUAAACACCCACUCUGGAUCUUGAAGUGCUGUACCUACUCCUGUGUCUUAUCCAUGCUAAACUAUUUCUCUUUUAAAAAGACAUUUUUACUGGGAAAGCCCCCUCAUGUCCUAUGGUGGUUAAAAGAAACAAACAAAC